GCCAUAAACCAUUAACCCACCAAAGACUUUUCGCCAAAAAAUCUAUCCCCAUUUUCCACCUCUAUAUUACCUCGUCAUCUUCUCCAUUUUUUUUUGAAGAAAGAGAAAUUGGUAAACCCAAUAAAAAUGAGAACCGGGUAUAUUGUAAUCGGGUUAGUUUGUAUAGUGAUUUUAACAUGGGUAUGGAAAAUGAUAAAUUGGUUAUGGUUUAAUCCCAGAAAGUUGGAAAAGCUUCUCAGAAAACAGGGUUUGAAAGGGAAUUCAUACAAGUUUUUGUACGGAGAUAUCAAAGAAACCUUCAAAAUGCGUAGUGAAGCAAGAGAAAAGCCUAUUCCUUUUACCAAUGAUUACGUUUCCCGUAUUUUGCCGUUUCUUCAUCAACAUGUUCACAAAUAUGGUGAAAAUUGUUGGACAUGGCUAGGGCCUGUACCAAUUAUAAAUAUUGCAGAACCAGAGCUAAUAAGGGAUGCUCUGAAUAGGAUGAAUGAAUUUCAGAAGGCAAAACUGAACCCACUUGUUGGGUUGCUUGUCCCUGGACUUGUAGGCUAUGAGGGUGAAAAAUGGGCGAAACACAGGAAACUGAUCAAUCCUGCUUUUCAUACUGAAAAGCUUAAGCUUAUGCUCCCAGCAUUUAGGGACAGUAGUAUUGAUAUGGUGAAGGAGUGGGAGAAGAUAGUUUCUGAAACAGGUUCCUCUGAGGUAGAUGUUUGGCCACACCUUAUUACCCUAUCUGCAGAUGUUAUCUCUCGAGCUGCAUUUGGUAGUAGCUAUAAGGAGGGAAGAAGGAUAUUUGAACUUCUUAAGGAACAGACGCAAAUUACCUUACGCCUUUUCCAAUCAGUUUAUAUCCCUGGAUGGAGGUUCGUGCCAACAAAGACCAACAGGAGGAUGAAAGAAAUGAAUUCUGCUAUACAAAAUUUGUUGACGGAAAUAAUUGACAAGAGAAAGAAGGCAAUGGAAGCAGGUGAAUCUCCAAAGGAUGACUUAUUGGGGAUAUUGAUGGACUCCAACUUUAAAGCGUCUCAAAGUAUUGGGAGUCAAAAACAACAACAAGCCAUGAGUUUCCAGGAUAUGAUUGAUGAGUGUAAGCUGUUCUACUUUGCUGGACAAGAGACAACCUCGGUGUUGCUAGUAUGGACAAUGAUUUUGUUGAGCAAGCACCAAGAUUGGCAAACACGUGCACGAGAAGAAGUGCUCGCAACAUUUGGAACAAAUCAACCAGACUUGGAAGGGUUAAAUCGUUUGAAGAUAGUGACUACGAUACUGUAUGAGGUGCUAAGAUUGUACCCACCAGUGGUUACAACAUCCCGUAGGAUAUAUCAGGGUGAUAUGAAACUUGGAAAUAUAGUGGUACCUCGUGGUGCAAUGGUUAGUUUGUCAAUAAUCAAUACACACCACGAUCCUAGACUUUGGGGUGAUGAUGCAAACGAAUUUAAACCAGAUAGAUUUUCAGAAGGGAUUGCAAAGGCAACCAAGGGUAAUAUAUCAUUCUUUCCCUUUGGUUGGGGACCGCGGAUUUGCAUUGGACAGAACUUUGCAAUUGCUGAAGCUAAAAUGGCAGUGUCCAUCAUUUUGCAGCGUUUCUCUUUCGAGCUGUCACCGUCCUAUACCCAUGCUCCUACCACGGUUAUAACUCUUCAGCCCCAACAUGGUGCUCAUCUCAUUUUACACCGGCUUCCUAGUUGUGACUAGUUAGUUGGUACUUCAAGUUCUAUAAAACAUAAGUGUAUUGUACGUACACAUAAGUUACGUACUGUAUACAUUCAUGUAUAUGAUUCGGCGAUUAUCUUGUAGGCUCUAGUAUACAUGAAAGAAUGUAUCCAUCUCUACGGAAGAUGUUGCUGAUGCGCGUUUGAGGCUUUGUUAUAUAUGUCUAGCUAGUAACCUUUAAAAGUAGGGAGAAAAUGUAUAUAACCCCACAUGUAAUACAUUAUCUCAUCAACUAAUUAAGGGCGCCCAUGAGCUUGGAUGCAUUCUAUCUUCCUAUAUUAUUCAUACGGGUCUGAAUGUCUGAUGAUUGAGGCUGUGGUAUGUUGUUUGAGACUAGUCAAUAAGAAUGCCAGUUUUCUGUUUUUUUUAUUA